AUGUUAGCUAAUAAAGAGCCAUAUGACUAUUUUAAAUUAUUUCUUACUGACGAUAUACAAAACUGUAUGGUCUUGGAAACCAAUAGAAAUGCUGAUCAAUAUCUAAAAAGUAUUAGACUGUCACGUAGUAGUAGAUUCCAUUCAUGGGAACCCAUAGUAUUAGAGGAUAUGACGAAAUUUAUUGGAUUAUUACUUUGGAUGGGUGUAGUAAAAUAUCCGAACAUUGCUGAUUACUGGAGUAAAGCGGAAAGAUAUGAAAAUAGUGUGGCUCCAAAAAUCAUGAGCAGAAACAAAUUUGAACUAAUAUUACGUUUCUGGCAUUUUUCCGAUAACAAAACAAGUGAUAAGUCCGAUCGUUUGUACAAAAUAAGGAAUAUUCUUGAUAAAAUUAAUUUCAAUUUCGAACAUUUACUUACACCGGGAGAAAUCAUCGCAGUAGAUGAGUCUAUGAUCCCUUUCAGAGGGAGAUUAAAAUUCCGACAAUACAUUCCAAGCAAACGACACAAGUACGGAGUUAAACUAUUCAAAAUAUGUGAUGUUAACGGUUUUACAUACAAAAUAAUUAUUUACGAAGGAAAACAGUCUAUUUCUGGUCAAUCAUUAGGUGAAACAAUCGUACUGUCUUUAUGCGAAAAAUAUUUAGAAAAAGGAGAAAUUUUUGGGAAAGAAGACGAUAACGGUAUUGUAGUGUCAAAAUUUAAAGAUAAAAGAGAUAUAUUUUUAUUAUCUACACGUCACAAAUUAGAUAUUAUAGACACGGGAAAACAAUCCAGAAAAAAAGAAAGCAUUUUGAAGCCUGAUGUUAUUUUAUUUCACAAUGCAGGAAAAGCUGGUAUUGAUUUAUCAGACCAACUUGCAUCUUAUUCUACUCCAGUCAGAAAAAGCAUCCGCUGGUAUCAUAAAGUUAUGACUGAGAUAUUACUUAAUACCAGUGUUAUUAAUGCUCAAAUCAUGUAUAACAUGAAACAUUAUGAUUCAAAAAUGAAUGUAAAACAAUUUCGCGAGUCGUUAAUUGAUAAAAUGCUCAACCUAAGACCUACCAGCCGGAAAUUAGCUCAACAAAUGACAGUGCCUAACACACCAAAAUUAACAGGAAAUCAAAGAAGAUCAGCAGCACCUAAACAUAAAAUAGAGGAAACGGAAGAGAAGUGUCCAAGAAAUAGAAAACUAAGAAAACGUUGCUCGGAGUGUUAUAAGAAAAUAUCACAAGAAAAAGGAUUUAGGUAA